AUGGGAAAUAUCCACUCAGAAAAGUGGAAACUUCUUCCGAUUGCACUGACGAUAUAUCUACUACCGUGGAAGACCGACGCCUCCACAUGCUCCAGUCCUGCUAUUGAGGCCUACAGUGACUUGGGGAUUUUGUGCUACUGGUUGCAGAAUGAUCCAAAACCAGCUGACAAUGCAAGUGCGUCGUGUUCAUUGCAAGGUGGCUAUCUAGCCGAGAUUCCUGACACAACAGUCUUCAACACACUAACAUCUCAGCUGUCGGUAAACUACCCAGGACUAGCUGUCGGUGAAAUGCUUCACUUGGGAUAUUUGAUGAAAACGGCUACUAACAUAGAAGCUAAACGACCACCUUAUGAAGUCCCUAGUGUCACAUGGUGGGCUGCAUCCGAACCCUCCGUUAUUACGGCAAUAGACAAAUGUGUUGCCAUGAACAACACGGACGGCCAAUGGUUCGUUGUCCCGUGCUCUGAUUCAAAGCGUUCCUUGUGCUUUAUGAUCUCAGCUCCUGACUGUCCCCAGCUAGACGCUCCUACGAACGGGUCCGUUAGCUACUCGAGUACUAAUGCUACUGCUAUAUUUCAAUGUGAUGUUGGCUUUACACUAAGUUCUGGUGAUGAUAAGUUAAUUUGCUCCGGUACGACUUGGAUAGGGACACAACCGACAUGUACAGUUGCGCAGUGUCAUUUUAAUAUGACCGAGAUGGCCACGUUGCAUAUGUACGUUGACUCAGAAUUUGCUGACCAUUUAACAAACGUAACGAUGAAAUGCGACUUAGGAUAUGCAUUCUUUAUCAACUCCACCUCAUUAGAGGUGGUCACCAAUGUGACGUGUCAGUGCGUGCAAGAUAACGGUACUACCGUCUGUGCGCAUUAUGACACCUUUUACAACGGGCGAUGCGAUAUUGUGACAUGUCCUUUACUGACAACAGCUGACAAUUCAUUUACUAAUCUGGUGGAAGGUCACGUUUACACAUAUGGAGAAAGUGUUACAUUUAACUGUACGGCUGGUCAUGUUUUAAAUAUCGAUAUUCUGAGCUGGCCACCUCAAAUGACGACUGUGUGUACUGAAUUCGGACAAUGGAGUAUAGCCUCACCAUUUAAAUGCAGCAAAUCACGGCGUUAUGUUGGCUGUUAUGCAGCAGGUGCAUUGCAGGUUGUAACUGACAUACCACUUACAGGGCAGCUCUACUGUAUGAACGAUUGCCAAGAUCUUGAUUUCCGGUACGCAGUGACAGCCAAUGGAAGCUGUUUUUGUGGUAAUUAUAUCGACCCUACUGUGAUACAGGUAGACGCCAUGCAAUGUAACAUGACCUGUCCUCUCAUCCCUGAUGAAGCACACCACGCUUACUGUGGAGGAGAAAACAGCCAGGAAUCGGUCUAUCAAACCGUCAUCAAUGCCUGCUAUAAGGAACUGAAUACCGUGGGAAUUUCGAAUUUUUCUGUCAGCGGUGACAAGGAAUUGACAUGCCAACAACGUUGUCUUGCAGAAAAUGUCUUUUAUGCCAUUUUAUCAGAAGAUAUAUGCGCGUGUACUAACACUUCUAAUCUGCAGGGAUUAGCCUUAACGAAUCAAUGCGAAAAUGCGGCAUAUAAUGGUACCGUUCAUUCCAUCGAACACAUGGCUGAACUUUCAGCCGAGUAUGAAAAAUGUGAGUCGCUGUAUGAAGCGGGUGUGAAGGAUAACGGGUAUUACAACCUUAAAACACUGGGCAGGACGUACUGCAGCUUUAAAGAUGGGACAAUAUGUCCCCCUGGGUGGAUUGGCUAUAUGGGUGAUUGCUACUCGUUCACAAAGGGAAACUUUACCUUUGUGAAUGCGGUGAAAUACUGUCAGCAGCAGGAUGCUACUGUAGCCUCUCUCCUGACCGCUCAGCAAAAUGCCUUUGCUGCUUCAACGAUUGCAGACAGAUUAUCUUGCCUACAUGACGAAAAUGGUCUGAACGACACUGUGUGGAAUUCCACGCUGAAAGACAUGACGUUGUCCAUGUGCAUGCAGACAUGCCUAGCUCGUGGUUGGUCUUACUCCAUUGCAAGAAAUGAAACUUGCUACUGUGCUACGGAUCUUCCAAGCAACAGCUCGACGGCAUUUUCACACUGUGACUUUGGGUGCCCUGGUAAUUCUCUCCAAAUGUGUGGGGGUACGGAGUCCACAUACUAUACAGCGGCAAAGGUAUUGAAUGCAACAAGGGCUUCGACAUGUGAAGACCUACAGUCACAAGGGUUGACGGGAGACAUAUUCAAACUGAGUGGUAAUGAAAACUCAACCCACUGUCCAAACACAGGUUGUCCAUACGCAUGGGUCAAAGGAAAUUCUAGCUGUUAUAAGCUGAUGCUGGGAAGAAAGACCUAUUCAAAUGCGAUUGCAUAUUGUGCGAAUUAUAGCUCGCACCUGCUAGUAUUCGACAAUUUAGAAGAAGAUGCUUUCAUUAGUGAAGUGUUAGGAAAUCUAACGUUCUUUAGCUCAUCGCAAAACUGGGCGUUUGGACUUAAGAUGACUGGGAGAUAUACGAAUCAGUUCUUCUGGGCAAAUGGUCAACGGAAUAGCCCUAUUAUAAAAAAUGUAACAAGUGCUGAGAAGUUGACUAAAGGCUUCUUCAAAGCACCAGUGAUGGAAUGGCAUAUGGGCGGCAGUAUCAAUGAACGAAGUUACAUUUGUGAACAGAGUGAAGUAUAUGCAGGGUGUUACGUGCAUUCAAACAAUUCAGUGACGGUAAUCGAGGAAGACUUUUAUUUGUCAGUACAACAGUGCGUAGAAAGUUGUCGAGGUAUUGGCUAUGACUAUGCCAUGCUUCAAGAAAGUCGUUGUUAUUGUGACGAAACUCUUGCCUUGGACAAAUACGAUGCUGGUUGCUUGGAGAUGUGCCAUUUGGUUCAGCCUUGCGGAUCAAAGUCCAAUGAUGCCGUAUCUGUGUAUAAAACAUACAAUACUUCAUGUCCAACAACUGACUGGAUUGGAUACAGAAAUAAUUGUUAUAUGUUCGUCGAUCGGGGAAAGAGUCAAGACGAUUUGUACACUCACUGUGCCUCGUUAGGGGCCCAUUUACUAACGAUUAACGAUGAAGCGGAACACAAUUUCCUACGAAUGGUUAUCAAAGGUCAUCCAAAGUAUGCUCAUACUCAAAUUCGCAUUGGUUUGGUGAAUGAGUUUGCUAUUGGCAUCCCCACGUGGGCCACUGGAUCACUACCCAGCUAUUUUCCUUAUCCAUAUCCGUCCCCUUCCCUUACAUCGAUUGUCAUGGAGAGAACAUCAAUGUCUGAUUACGGCUACAGUAUGAUCGAUGCAGCCACAAACAUAUAUGGUUUUUGCGAACUUGACAAACAACACAUGGGCUGUUUCGAUAUACCAUCCAACAUCCAACCAAUCAUGUCAAAGUACCAUAAUAUGGAGUUAACACAAUGUAAACAAAUAUGCAUGGGAAAUGUAUCUCUGGAAGGGUUCGCCCUAAUCAACCAAGAGGCAUGUUAUUGCACUGAAUCUUUAUUUGGACUAAUGUUAAAGAACGAGUCCUCUUGCCAUGUCACGUGUCCUGGUAACUCUUUGCAGGUGUGUGGAGAUGGCGUGGUUAACGCCUACAAACUAGCGAAAGAAGAUAUUGCCAGCAAUUGUUCUGCUUUACAAAUGGCAGGUUUGUGGAAGAAAGGAACCUACCGGAUAGGGGAUUCAAAUGAAUCAUGCAGCGAAAACUUAUUUGACGAUACCGAAUGCUCAACGGGAUGGCAUGGCAAGGAUGGGACUUGCUAUAAAUUUGCUUCAUUAGAAGGAAUGGCGUAUAAAGAUGCAGAAACGACAUGUUUCCAAAAUGGUGGAUACCUCUUCUAUCCACGGUCACCAGAAACUCGCCAAAUGUUUAUGGAAAUACUGCCCUACAUCUACAAGAAUACAACUGGAUUCUGGACUUCUGUGAAAGAUGAAUUGAUGAAUUCUUACCUGAGAGGAGGAGAUGGAUGGAUUUAUUUCAAUGGGUCUGUGGUCAACGAAAACAUUUAUACCGUCUUCAACAUGACCACUGGUUCAUUUGACAAUCACGCAAAUGGGUCAUUCGCCGUUAUUUGCGAAAAAUCAGCAGGUUACGUCGGAUGUAAACAGAUUUCUGUGCUUUCCAGCCCGAUCCUCAGUCCGUACAACCGAAAUGACAUGACUGCAACACAGUGUAUACAGUAUUGUAUGGCGAAUAACAGCGCCGAAUACAGCAUCAUACAACAUACGGAGUGCGGUUGUUAUGCUUCAGUUACUGUGUUACUUUCAGCUAACACCACUUGUGGAUCGUGCCUUGGAUACAGCGCACAACCAUGCGGAUCAUAUUCCUCAAGCUCGUUUUCCAUUUUUAAACUUUCACAUUAUAGAUCAAACCUGGUGUCCAGUUGUAUGGAGCUGUUCAAUUCUGGUAUCUGGAUGUAUGGUAUCUUCAACAUUCAACCUAAAGACAAUGAUCCGAUCUUGGUGUAUUGCUUCAAGGAAGUGUUUAGUAUCAUAAUAGUUCCAGAAAAUCUUAUUACGGCCAGCUCUUAUCAACCUCUUCACGUACCUGCUUCCUCUAGAGGACCACUUCUGCAAGCUGUGUUCAGCCCUGAUUCCGUGUGGAUCCCGGCUGAGAGCGGUGACCCGAAUCCAUGGCUACAAAUAGACCUGACCAAUGACUACUUAGUGACGGGAAUUUUUACUCAAGGACGUCCUGAUCCUAAUAGUGAGCAAUGGUCCUCGGCAUUUGAAGUCAAAUAUGUGAGCACUGUCGAUGCAUCCUGGAAAUCCAUAGGUUCGUUUCCUGGAAAUAACGACAAAGCAAGUACCAUUUCUAUUUUUUUCCCUUCUCCGUUUGUGACGAAAAUGGUCCGUGUAUACCCAAGCGGAGCGGAUAUCGCACUCCGGUUAGCGGUGAUCGGGACACUGAUGUCAAAUGUUGAUUAUGCAAGUACGAAUAUGGGAUGCUAUGCUGUCUUCAAUACGACAAGUUCAACAGAGGUUCAACGUUACCCGAGCGUACUGUCUGAUGACGAGUGUAAAACAGCAUGUAACGUAACGGUACCCUUUUACAGUUACAAUGUGAAUUGCAAUGCACCGAAUGGUGUUCAAAACAGCGUCAACAAGACGACAUUUGCGCAUGUGCAGGGAGUAUUUACUGUAUCGUCGACUGUACAAUUCACCUGUGAGGAAGGACACGAGUUCUACCUGGAUAACACCACCACCAGGAACGUCACAUGUGGAGAUGACUAUGCGUGGCAUGGAGAUCUAGGCGACCAUUGUACAAUUAUCAGCUGUCCAGACUUUACCUUUCCUAAUGGUACGAUCAGCACAACGAAUCGUAUCUACAAUACUGAGGUAGUCCUCACCUGUAACACUGGAUUCGCCUUAGUUGGAAGUUCAACACAGGAUACUAUCAAAUGCCAAGCAGACAAAGCCUGGAACAGCACCAUUCCCGUCUGUGAAGUGAUCGACUGUGGAACUCCGCCUGCUAUUGUUAACACUGUGCUGACGGAUGGUUUACACACCUACGGAGCCAAUGUUACCUACACAUGUUUCCAAUAUAUGCACUUUUUCUCGGACGUCUACAAUCUGACUUCCCAAUGCAGACAUGACGGCCAAUGGGAGCUUAUCGCAUCAGAAUGCACGUUGUAUAUGUGUAGGGAUCCUCCAACUCUCGAGCAGGCAACAAUAGAACGUAUUAACACAUCGAUCGCUACAUACACCUGCCCAAAAUACCAUCACUUCCCUGACGGUAGUACAAUCAAAACGAUCACCUGCAACGAGAGUUUCGUCUGGGAAACAACAACAGAGUGUACCUACAACGACACUGGAGUUAUUCUAAAGGAAGCUUUAAUCACUUUCAUCGACUCUAAGCUUCGCCAGACAUCAUCCACUCUGAUUGAGUCGGUACGGAGUGAUAGCACUAUUGAAUGCGGAGACCUAUGUCUGAGAAAUAUGUACUGUGAAGCAUUUAACCAUAACAAAGAACUGACAGACACUGUGAACUGUAAACUUUUUAGUAAAUUGAUACCUAGUGACAGUUUCUUAACCUCAGUAGAUUGGCAGUAUUUCCAGGUGUAUGACCUAGCAUAUUUUCCUUAA